AUGCCAUCAUUCAAGACUCAAUACAGUGGAUACUCGGUUGAAUUUUCUCCGUUUGAAGAUGAUAAAUUGGGUGUAGCAACAAGCCAACACUUUGGAAUUGCCGGACAAGGACGACAAUACAUUUUACAAAAUGAUCGGGAUGCACAAACGAUGAGAAAAUUAUACACGUUUGACACGGAUGAUGGGCUCUAUGAUUGUGAUGGCAGUAUUAAAGUUUUUGAUACUACCAAUGCAUCGGGAGGAGAAGGAGCUCCAGUGAUGAAUUUUGCGGAACAUUCAAAGGAGGUCUAUUCUGUGGACUACAAUACAGUAAAUAAGGAUUGUUUUGUGAGUGGAUCCUGGGACAAUACCAUUAAAUUAUGGAACUUACAAGCGGCAGGUGCAGGACAAACCAAUGCAAGCUCUGUUGAAACGUUUGAUGAACAUCGUUAUUGUGUAUAUUCAACAAUUUUUUCACCAACCAAUGGAGAUUUAUUUAUGAGUUGCAGUGGAGACAUGACUAUGAAGAUUUGGGAUGUACAUGACAUUUCAAGCAUACAAACAGCACGAGUUCACAAUUAUGAAGUGUUGGCAUGUGACUGGAACAAGUUUAAUGAACAUAUUGUUUGUACGGGUGCUGUCGAUAAGACCAUCAAGGUUUGGGAUUUGAGAAAUUUGAAUCAACAUGGAGCUGGAACUGUUGGUGGUGGUACAUCAUCUACUUCAUCAGAUUCGUCUAUUUGUACUCUCUCUGGACAUGGCUUUGCCGUGAGACGUGUGAAAUUCUCUCCACAUGAUGAAAAUAUUAUUGGAAGUGUGAGUUAUGACAUGUCGUUAUGUAUUUGGGACACCGAGCAAGGAAGCGACAAUGCUCUCCUGGAGAAGUAUGAACAUCACUCUGAGUUUGUUAUUGGAUUAGAUUUUAAUUUGGAGAUGGAAGAUGAGCUGGCAAGUUGCAGUUGGGACGAGACAGUAUAUGUAUGGAUGAGAGGUGAAGAGCCAGUUCCUACGCAUGAGGAAAACGAAAAUGAAAAUGAUGAAGAAGACAAUGAAAUUGUUGCUCAAUUUAGACAAGUAUUAGGUUUAGCAAGAGGUGGAGGAGGAGUUGAAGAUGAGGACGAAUACGAAGACGAGGAUGAAGAGGAUGAGGACGAAGAAUAA